UGAAUCAAUGCGUAUUACUGAUAAAAAACUAUUGUCAGUGUUCCUGCUGCAUUAAAAUAUAACAAGAUAAGUACUGACAAAGGGUGGCAAAGAAUCAGUGAUGGGAUGAGAGUGUAAAGGUGCCGUGAGCUCGGUCGCGCUUCGUCGCAUGAACUUCGGACCAGGAUCAAAAUCAUAUUCUAGGUAUAUACUUCAUCAUUACGCUUUCAACUUCAGCUUUGUCUUGUCGUUGCGGGCCGGUGUCCAACUCUUGACUGUGCAAAAGGUUUAAGAAACCAUGAAAAACAUGAACGCUGAUCAAGUGAGUAUACCUCUUUUUAGGUGGAAAGCAAUCGAAGGGCAUUUAUGAUUAUAUUUGCAUCGUAAAAUCCACCUUUUAAGAGCAGGUGCAAACCUCACUGUAGGUUAUCUUUUCCAUUGGAGCUUAUUGGCUUUUAGAAAUAGAAAUGGAACUCAUGUUCAAAAGAUUUUUCCUUUUUACUCGUUCUGUACCUUCAUCAUCAUCCUCUUUCGGAUCGGAGGUGAAACAACGAGUUUUGUGCUUAGUGUGGUUUAAUCUCGACCCCACUUACCUCAGACCAACAGCAUGUACUGAUUUACGGAUUGAGAAAUAACCCAACCCUGCCGCAUUAUUUGUUCAUGAUAACGAGUUUCCAAAAACUGCAUCUUUGGAAUUUACUUUAGUUUGAUAUUUAAUGACCUGUGAACAUUGGACUCAAAAAGCUUUCCAUUACUCGCGAUUUGCGUUCUGCGCAUUAUUUUUGAGCUCCGGUGAAUGGUUACAGAGACAUGGGAAUUUAAUGAUAAUGAACACGGAAAGAACGCCAAAUCUGCUGAUCUAAUCUCUGGUCCUUCCACAGCUUAUCAAGGCAACCACAGAAAAGUUUCCAGCUCUUAUGGACCAAACCUGUACUGAGUUAGAGGGCAAAUUUGACAUCAAAGCACAGACUAUCCUGACCACCAAAGUGGAUGAUAUAAGUUCUGAAGUUGUGCAGGAAUUAGACAAGACGAUCUUUAACAAGUUUAGUGAAGUGGAAAAUACAAUUGCACGGAUUGAGGCAUUCCUUACCAAUAAUCAGGGAACAAUAAUUGAGGACAUGAAGUCCACUAUUGCAAGUGCUCUUACUAAACUGGAGAAAAAGUUAGAGGAUAAAGUUCAGGACAUUGUGCAAAAAGAAUUUGGCCACAUAUCGGCCCAAGUUGCCCAUGCAGUACAAAAAACAGUUGUUGACCAGUUCCGUAAAGUAGAAAGUAAAAUUGCAGGGUUUGAAGAGUGCCUUAUCAAAAAUCCGGUAGGCAUUUAAUUUUUUUUAUCUAAGCUCUAUUUCUUGUUAUGUUGCUCUACCUGUGAAAUUUUGAUCCAAUUCAAAUUUAUUGGCUGAGCGUUAGCGAAGCCUUUGCUGUCAUGAGGUGCAGGGAACUCUUUGGUUGUGUGUCUGUCUGUCUGUCUAUCUGAAAUCACACACGUUUCUCAAAGACGGCAACUUCAAUUGACUUCAAACUGCGCACGAAGCAUCAGUAUACAUCGGGUCGUAUCGAGUUUAGUUUAGAAGUUCGAUAUAAGAUGUUUGAAAUAAGCGAUCGUUUAAUUUGAAUUCGUAGUUUGGUGGUAGUAGGUUGGUAGCACGGCGCUCGAGGGGAGGGGGAGCGCAAGUGGCUCUUGCGCUCACCUGAAGACUUUGAUACCUUCUCAGCAGUUAUUAAAAUGUCAGAUAGUCAAACCGAGUGUUUGAUUUUUAGUUUUUGAGUUGCGGAACUUAGCCUGCGAAGUUUCGCGAGUGUCCGAUGAGAAGGAACGAAAGUGAUAUUUGGAAUGGUUUACGUGUUUAGUUACGUAAG